UCUUGUCAUUUUUUUCUGGGUUUCUGACAGUAGUGUAGUCCACAGUGUCAUUUUGAAGUCAGAGACCACACCGGCACUUUCAGCACCGAGCAGGCAGACAGACAGACAGACAGCGGAGGCUUAAAAAAAAAAAAGAGGGCUGCCUUAAGAAGCACAUGGGCAGAACACUUAGUACCCUGCUGGAUCUGAGAUAAGAAGACUUGAAUUAGGAAGACGCGUGCUUUGCUCAUAAAGCAAGAAAAACAACAACUAUAUCACGGAGUGAGUGAAUUCCCAGCUGAAGAAAGCGGUUUAUAUAAGCGGACCUCAAGAUUGUUCUCGUGUGAUGACCAUAUAGAGCCGAAAUGACCACAGAUCCGUUUUUACCCAUGGACGACCAUUCAGCAGCUGCGUUUACUGCAAAGGGCAUCGAUGUGACGCCAAAUAAAGACCAAGGAGUCAUCAAGGUUGUGAAGCAUCAGGGGGUCGAUGGGGACCGUCCAAUGAUCGGGGACAAAGUCACUGUACACUACACUGGAAAACUGCUCUCUGGGAAGAAAUUUGACUGCAGUCGAGAACGUGAAGAGCCUUUUUGCUUCAAUGUGGGCAAAGGACAAGUCCUUAAGGCGUGGGACAUUGGCGUGCUGUCCAUGCAGAAAGGCGAGGUGUCCACGCUGCUCUGUAAGCCAGAAUACGCGUAUGGAUCUGCAGGAAAUCCCGACAGAAUUCCUCCCGACUCCUCAGUGGUGUUUGAGAUGGAGCUACUCAACUUCGAAGGAGAGAUACUUACAGAUGACGGUGGCAUCAUCCGGAGAAUAAAGGUCAAAGGGGACGGUUACAGUAAUCCCAACGAUGGAGCGAGUGUCGAUGUGCACCUGGAAGGACGCUGUGGGGGCCGUUUGUUCGACUGCCGGGACGUUAGUUUCGUUGUUGGUCAAGGUGAAGAUAAAGGCAUUCCUCUGGGGGUUGACCGAGCCAUAGACAAGAUGCAGCGAGGAGAGUGCUGUUUACUGUACUUAAAACCAAAGUACGGUUUUGGGAGUGAAGGUAAUCUAGAGUACAAAGUUGGACCAGAUAAAGAGAUCGUAUACGAAGUUACUCUCAAAGACUUUAAAAGGGCUAAGGAAUCCUGGGAAAUGGACUUGAAUGAAAAGCUGGAAAUGGCUGCUGGAGUGAAAAGUAAAGGGAAUCAGUAUUUUAGGGCGGGACGAUACCAGCAGGCGGUCAUCCAGUACCAGCGCAUCAUUUCCUGGCUGGAGUUGGAGUGUGGUUCUGGGAUGGAGCAGUAUAAGUCCAUACAGCAUUACGUCAUGACAGCCCACCUUAACUUAGCGCUGUGUUUCCUUCGAAUAAAAGAGUUUUCACAAGUGGUGGACAACUGUAACAAAGUGAUUGAACAGGACGAGAGCAACGAGAAGGCUCUGUAUCGUCGUGGGGGGGCCCGGCUCCUCCGCAACGAGUACAGCCUGGCCAUGGCAGACUUUCAGAAAGUGCUGGAAGUCAACCCGUCAAACCGAGCAGCUCGAGCUCAGAUUUCUAACUGCCAGCGCAUGAUGAAGGAACAUCAAGAGCGGGAGAAGAAGAUCUAUGGAGGCAUGUUCAAGAAGUUUGCAGAACGGGACUCCAAGACUGGGAGGUCAAAGAGGAGGAGCAGUAUGAACGGUGAAGUGGGCAAUAGACGGCGGCGGAGGAGUCAGGAAUGUGCAUCGUAACAGGAACGCAGAGGCAGAGACAAAAAGCCUCAAACCCAAACUUCUUCAUCCCAAACCCAGUGGACCAUGUGUGUGUGAGUGUGUGUGUGUGUGUGUGUGAGCAGGGACAUGAGCAUUUCUCUGUCACACGCGUCGUGGAACAAGCAGAACGAUCCUCCACGUGAGGAUAGAACUUCAAAAUCACUGCGUGAAGAUUGGUGAACACUUUUUUCCCCCAAGAUUUUAUUAGAAAAACAAAUUGUUUCAGUUCUUUUAAAAAAAACAAACACUGAUGAAUCCCCAUUUCUUACUGUUGGGUUGACAUGUGCCUCCACUCUUUAUUUCCAAAACCACGUUUGCUGGUUUUCUGACCUUUAAUUUGGUAUAAAGCCUUUUUCCAGGCAGCUGCGUGCAUCAUGUUGGGGAUUCAGACUUGAAACUUUGCGAAAUUUAUUAUUUAAAAAACAAACAAACAGUGCAAUAUGAAUAUUUGAUUAUAAAGUGUAAUCUGUUAUCUGAAUUGUAUUUUACGUAAAAAGGAAAAACAACCACAAUAGUUACAUGUUUGUUUUGCCCAGAACUCAGCCUUGUUUCAUGGUGGAAAGUUUUUGUUUCGGCAGGCACGGAAACAAGCUUCAAUCAAGAUGUGAGGGCUGCAGACAUAAACUGAGAUGUCCCACAACUCAAAACAGAUGUUCAACAUCAUCAAACAAUAGAAAUAGUGUCUCUAAAAAGCACAAAUGACCAAAAUGUACGUAAAAAAAUCUGUAAUCUGUAAUGACUUGCAAAUUAACAAGCCGCUGUAACAUGUGGUCAUAACUGUAGAGGUUUUAAAAACAUGGCUUUGUCCAAGUUUCUUCCAAAAAAAUGAAAAAAAAAAAAAAACAUAAAAAAAAACAACUACAAAUUGAGCACCUUCUUUUCCCAAUUUUUAUAUGACAAUAGUCAUGCACUAAAAUCCCCCA